UUUACCGCAUACAUGCGACUUCUCCCGUUUCUAUCCAUUACCCGAUAAUCCCGUGUAUGCGUCUUCCAUUUGUAAAAGCAAAUUCUGGUAAAUUUUGACGAAACUAAUGCUUAACAAUUUCAUUUACACAAAUGUUCAACAUUUGUCUAAAGUAUCAAAUGGAUUUCGGCAUAUGAUUCUAUUUAAAGAUUAAAUGAAAUAAGUGCCCUAUCAGGACACGGGUAUUCCAACAUGCGUAAGUCACCUGACGCGGUGUGCGCGCGUCGUGUACAGUUCAUGUUCUGUUACAAAUUCUAGUCUUAAAUAAAUAUUGCACAUGAUUUCAUUAAUUAUUUUGUCCGGAUUAAAAAGCGGGAUAAUUGGCGUUGGUGUAUUUAUUGCUAAAUAAAAACUUCAGAACGCAGACAGCAGUGGGAUCUUUUAAUUUCGAUUCAGAGUUUCGUAGUGAAUUUCAAAUGAAGUACCAAAACAUCUCGCGAAUUAAUUGGCAAUGACAUUUACUCUAAAUAAAAUAAAAUUCAAACACGCUGUAUCGUUAGCGGUACGCUCUUUUAGUUCCUUAAUCAUUGAAACAAUUGUUGAAAUGUAUUCUGAUUGCACACAAAAAAGCGUCGUGUGUCGGUCAAAUUCCUUUGAAACGACCAAUAAACAACUUAAUUUAUCUUUAGAUUUUAUGCAACAUCUACAAGUCAUUUAUUGGAAAUCGGGAAAAAAAUUGAAGUAAAUGUUUGAAUUUAAAUUGUCAAACUUAUUUAUAUUUUGUGUCGUCUAUUUAUAUGGGUUUUGUUCUCAUUUGUGUUUAGCAAUUCUUAUGAAAAUGAUUUUCAAUGUUUAAAGCAAGUUAAUAUUAUGUGUAACAAUAAAAAAAAAUGAUUUGUUAUUCACGUGUUUGUUUGUAUAACAAUUCGGGAUUGCCAAUAUAAAAUGAAUGUCUCCUUUUUCAAAUGUCAACAUGUAUUUUACACCCAUGCACAUGACAGGUUUUACUCUGUCUUUUAAGACGCCGACGGUAAAAGAAACCAUGUUCGCACCUAGCUGAAGGCUCCCGCACCUCGAGGAGUGAUAAUUGUGUGUUAUUUAUGCAAUUAUCAGUUUGAAGCCACGACGAACUAAAAUUUGAAUGUUAUAAUAACUUUGGGUGACAUUUUGAGUUAUUUUUUUCUUAAUUUGCAUCAGAUAUACCUAUAUAUGCUCGUUUUUCCUGUCUUAGUUAUAAACGUAUUGCUGAGUUCCCUUUGAUAUCAAAUGUUGGAGUAACUUGCGACUUAUAUAUUUAAUAUACAUUGCCAGUGUUUGUUGUUAAGUGUUGUGGAUUGUUGUGUGUUGUGAAUUGGAUUAGUUGUGUACGCUGUGAAAAAUGACCCGGCGACAUCUGCUGGCAGCGGAGACGUUGUUCUUUCUCGUUCAGUUCUUGGAGGACUCGAAGUUUCAGGUUCGAGCCAGGAAUUACAUCAAGCACGAUGACGACAUCGAGAUCGGAAAAGAGUAUGAAGUUCGGUGGGGAAAUGCCAAGCAACUAUCGCGGGCCACUGUUAAAGGAAAGGGGCGAAAGCCAGAAAUGGAGAAGCUUUUGGAGCAGCUGGUCGAGGCGGCCCUGACAACCCCGACAGCACCGACAGCCGCGACGGCCCCGACAGCCCCGACAAAAAAGGGGAAGGCUAGGAAUACGGAGUCACAUACGAAAAUAACAAAGAAAAGGGCAGCUAUCAUAUCGGUAGGGUCACCCCCAAGGGACCAGCCAGCAAUCGGAUCAGACGCCCCAACAACAACACGACAACUAGAAGCCACCGCCACCAUCGGACCAGACGCGACAACACCGGGACUACGAGACGCAAACGCCACCAUCGGACCAGACGCGACAACACCGGGACUACGAGACGCAAACGCCACCAUUGGAACAGACGCCACAACACCGGGACUACGAGACGCAAACGCCACCACCGGAACAGACGCCACAACACCGGGACUACGAGACGCAAACGCCACCACCGGAACAGACGCCACAACAACAGAACGGAAUUCAGAACACAGAAGUCUUCUGAUUACUCCAGUUAGGAGGGUUUCUACACCGGCGGAGACAGUUGAAAGAAACAACUUUAUACAGGUCUUCACCUAUCACAACCGGAUGGAGGAGCUGAUGAGAAACCAAGUAAGGGCGCUAGGAUCCCUUGAACGCUCAAUAGUGACCGUUGGUAAGCGCCUAACUGCUGUGGAGAGUCGCUUGGAGCGCCUGGAGGUGUCCAUCAGCCAGAAGAGCCAGCAGCAGCGUGAGCCGCUGGCUCCCAUCAUCAACGAGGAUAAUCCCCAAGAACCGACUGGCGGCGACCUUGUUGAUAAGGUUAUUGUGGCAGCCAUACACAGGGAGGCCCACAACGAGGCCCACUUUGCCUGCCUCCUCAUGCCCCACGUGUUCCCUGAGCUAUUUGGACCAGAUAAGCUCCGCCAUCUGUAUAAUUGGCAUGGGGUGUCAGGGAAACAGCCAUUAGAAGGUUCAAGGCGCCAGUACGUCGAACAAAUGACAAAGUUCUUCUACAAAGAGGCUCGCUCUGCAACUGUAUGGACAGCCGUUGUUGGAAGAAUAAAUGAACGUCUGCGACGGAAAGAAAAACGGACACGUGGUGAGGUCCAGAUCACCAUAAGUAAUGAGAACAUUGCUGAUUAUCAUCAGUUUUAG